GAGCGAGUUCAGAAGAGUUUUCCUCACCCCAUCGAUAAGUGGGCGAUCGCUGACGCUCAGGCCGCCAUCGAGAAGAGGAAGAGGAGGAACCCUCUGGCUCUGCCCGUGGACAAGAUCCACCCUCUGCUGAAGGAGGUGCUGGGCUACAAGGUGGACCACCAGGUGUCGGUCUACAUGGUCGCCGUGCUGGAGUACAUCUCCGCCGACAUCCUGAAGCUCGCAGGAAACUACGUGAGGAACAUCCGCCACUACGAGAUCUCCCAGCAGGACAUCACCGUGGCCAUGUGUGCCGACAAGGUGCUGAUGGACAUGUUCCACCAGGACGAGGAGGACAUCAGCGGCUUCCCUCUGAUGGACGAGGAGCCGUCAGCCAAUGAGGAGCAGAGUUACUACGAGCUGGUGAGGAGCCUGAUGUCGGACGGACGCCAUUACCUGAGACAGCUGAACCUGCUGAUCAAGGUGUUCAGGGAGCCCUUCACCUCCAACGCCAUGCUGUACUCCCAACAC